GCUGGCCUGUCACAUCCCCCGCCACCCCCGCUGUGAGACUGACAGCCCUUUAAAACCAACAAAUCUCCAGGUCAUCAAAUGCCGGAGGGUAUUGUGACUCCAGCAGCCGCCCGCCUUUCCUGCCUGCAGCGGCCGGGCAGGGGCGCUCUCCCCUCGGAGCUGCAGGCAGCAGGAGCAGCGAAGACCUCCCCCGGCAGUGGCUUCCCAGGCAGAGAAGUUCCCGCAGCCCCAGCCGAGCAGAAGGAGGCGGCUCCUGCGAGCUUGGGGGGGGGGGGGGAGGAGAGCGCAGAACUCUCCCUGCCUGGAGCUGCCGCUGCCUGGACCUCACCCCGCACCCCAGCCAGCCGCUCGCUCGCUCGUGCUCUGCGGAGCCGGCGCCGCCGCUGCAUGAGGCGCUCCGGGCUGGUCUUCGGGGCCACCUGUUCGGCUCUCCUCCAGCCCGCGCCCGCUCCCGCGCCCCCGGCCAUGAACGCCUCGCUGGGCAAUCAGACCGAGGCGGCGGGGCUCUUCUUCGCCAACAGCAGCGACUCCCUGGAGCGGGCCCUGCGCUGCUGCACCCAGGCCUCCGUGGUGACCGACAACGGCUUCGUGGUGACCGGCCCGGACGAGAGGAGCCUCUACAUCAUGCGGGUGGUGCAGAUCGCGGUCAUGUGCGUCCUCUCGCUCACCGUGGUCUUCGGCAUCUUCUUCCUGGGCUGCAACCUGCUCAUCAAGUCCGAGGGGAUGAUCAACUUCUUGGUAAAGGACCGGAGACCGUCCAAAGAGGUGGAGGCGGUGGUGGUCGGGCCCUACUGACAGCCAGUGCCUCCCGCUGAGGAGCCGGCCAGGAAACAGGUGGCACUUGCCGCAGGCCCUCGCUGCUGCUGCAGCGGCCACGGGUGCCUUUUGUCCGAGCGGGGCAGCCCCACCCCGGGAAGGGGACCGGAGGCGCCUCGGACCCGCUGCUGGCUUGCGGGCUCUGGCACUGCUUGCUGCCCGGGGACGCUGCGAUGCCAGCCCCGGUUCUCCCGCGGCUCCCGAGCAGGGCGGCUGGAGGGGACGGACACAGCCCCAGCAAGGCAGUCAGGGCGCGUCUGCCUCUUGUGUGUGUUACACGGCCGGAGCGGAGCCUUCUGCAGCGCCUUGUAUAUAGUGAUUGUGAUGCACUUCGCUGCUUGGUUUAAAAACAAAGGGGUGGGGUGGGGUGGGGCAGGGGGGUUGGGAAGGAAAGGCUGAUUGUCAAAUGUUAAUUCCUGUUUUAGAGAUUUUCCUUCCACGGGUUUUCAUACGUUUGAUAACAGCCAGGACGCUGGCUCGGUGGGACGCGGGUUGGCAGUUCGUUGCCACUAAACAAACACUAACAACCACCAUGUGAAUGUCUGAAGUUGUCUUUCUACUGUAGCUCUUUUUGUAGCCUGGGUCCGAGUCACUGCUGCGCCUGCGAGAGCCGGCGAGCCUGAAGGCUGAGUCCUCGUUUCUUGUCUAUGAAUUGCACGGUUUACACAGCCAAAAGCUCUCGGGCGGGAACUGUCUUGGUUUGAUUUUUUCUGAUUUCAUUUGCUUUAAUAAAUACAUCUUAAACUUUUUGA